CAGAUAAUACGUUCGCUAAUGUGACUGUUAUUAUAAAUAAUCAAAGUAUUGCGGGUAAUAUGAGUCCUCCUGCUCCUGGUAACACACCUUCAUCUGGACCAGCUACUUCUGCGAAGCCACAUACUAAAGGUUCGACUUCGCCAAGGAAUCAAACAACAAAGACAUCUAAAAAAUCUCAAUAUACUGGAAAACCUCUUGAAAUGCAUACAUCAUUGGCCCUGUUUAUUUUCACAUUUGUGUAUCAAGUGUUCAGUUUUUUUCUACCACAUUCUCAAUCAAAUAAACACACAGGUUGAUGGUGA